CUCACAGACAACCGCAACAACGACAACACUAUCAACAACGACGUGAAACUCCAGUGCCCAAAAUGCCACAAAAUCUACACGACACAGCCGGCCUACUCCAUGCACAUACGAACGCACACUCGCAACAACGUUUGUCCGUUUUGCAGCAAGCGUUUCAGUCGCCCGUGGCUACUUCGAGGCCACUUGCGCACGCACACAGGAGAGCGACCUUACUCGUGCGACCACUGCUCCAAAUCUUUUGCCGACAAGUCAAAUCUGCGAGCCCACAAGCAGACACAUUCGGGUUCGAAACCGCACGUAUGCUGGCGCUGUGGGAAGGCCUUCGCCCUGAAAAGUUACCUCUACAAACACACCGAGUCAUCGUGCAUCAAG